AAUAAUUUCUAUGCCCUACCAAAUUAAAUUAUUAAAAAAAAAAAAAGUGGGCCCCACUUCUCCCACUUGUAUUUCACUAUAUAAAUUGACCCCAGCUUGCCUUCACAAUUCAUCAAACUAGUCAUUCAUUCAUUCAUUCAUUCAUAAUAAUAUCUAUCUCUCCUCUCUCUCUCCUCUUUCUCUCUCUAAAACAUUCUGGUUGGUCACAAUGGUGCUCUCCAAGACAGUGUCUCAAAGCGACGUGUCCGUUCACUCCACAUUCGCUUCUCGAUAUGUUAAGCAUUCUCUUCCCAGGUUUAAGAUGGGGGAGAAUUCGAUACCGAAGGAAGCAGCGUACCAGAUAAUAAACGACGAGCUGAUGCUUGACGGAAACCCACGUCUGAAUCUGGCCUCAUUUGUGACCACGUGGAUGGAACCAGAGUGCGAUAAGCUUGUUAUGGCUUCCAUUAACAAAAACUAUGUCGACAUGGAUGAGUACCCUGUCACCACUGAGUUACAGAAUCGAUGCGUGAACAUAAUCGCGCAUCUAUUCAACGCGCCGCUCGAAGAAGAAGAGACUGCCGUAGGUGUGGGGACUGUCGGAUCAUCGGAAGCCAUAAUGCUCGCGGGAUUGGCAUUCAAGAGGAAAUGGCAAAACAAGAUGAAAGCGCUCGGUAAGCCGUACGACAAGCCAAAUAUCGUGACCGGUGCUAAUGUUCAAGUUUGUUGGGAGAAGUUUGCGAGAUAUUUCGAAGUGGAGCUCAAGGAGGUGAAGCUUCAAGAAGGGUACUACGUGAUGAACCCCGACAAGGCGGUUGAGAUGGUUGAUGAGAACACUAUUUGCGUGGCCGCUAUCUUGGGGUCCACACUUAACGGAGAAUUUGAAGACGUCAAACGACUCAAUGAUCUCCUCGUCGAAAAGAAUAAAGAAACGGGAUGGGACACUCCAAUUCAUGUGGAUGCAGCAAGUGGUGGGUUCAUUGCACCAUUUCUAUACCCGGAGCUGGAGUGGGAUUUCAGAUUGCCGUUGGUGAAGAGUAUUAACGUGAGCGGGCAUAAGUACGGGCUAGUGUACGCCGGUAUUGGUUGGGUUGUCUGGAGGACUAAAGAUGACUUGCCUGAUGAACUCAUCUUUCACAUUAACUAUCUUGGAACUGAUCAACCUACUUUCACUCUCAACUUCUCUAAAGGUUCUAGUCAAAUAAUUGCUCAGUACUAUCAACUUAUUCGCCUGGGUUAUGAGGGAUACCGCAACAUAAUGGAGAACUGCCAAGAAAACGCAAAGGUCCUAAAGGACGGCCUCGAGAAAACGGGGAAAUUCACCAUCGUGUCGAAAGACGAGGGGGUGCCGCUAGUGGCGUUCAGCCUGAAAGACCACAGCCGCCACAACGAGUUCGAGAUCUCCGAGAUGCUCCGCCGAUUCGGGUGGAUCGUCCCGGCGUACACCAUGCCGGCGGACGCGCAGCACAUCACGGUCCUUCGCGUGGUGGUCCGAGAAGAUUUUUCGAGGACGCUCGCCGAGAGGCUCGUCGCCGACAUCGAGAAGGUACUCCACGAGCUCGACACGCUCCCGUCUAGGGUUACGGAGAAGCUCAAGGUUGAGGAAGAGCACCAUGAGGUUGUUAAGAAGACUGCCAUUGAGGUGCAGAAGGAGAUUACUGCUGCUUGGAGGAAGAUGGUUGCUGAUAGGAAGAAGACCAGUGCUAUCUGCUAAUUACAACGAUUUUUACGAGUUUUUUUGCAAUUCGUACCCCUGUUUUAUAUCAGAUUGCUAAAAACUACCCUACUGUUAUUUUAUUUGCAAAAAUACCCCUAUGAUUUUUUUUUUGAAUCAUUUGGGGCUUUUGCAGAUAAAAUAAUAUUGGUAAUUUUUUAGCAAUUCGAUAUAACAGAAAGGCACUAAUUGCAGUAAACCGGGAUUUUUAUUUUUCGAUUAAUAACUCAAUUGUCGUAUUGAGAGUUGUGUUUUUUAAUUUUUAAUAUUUUUUCUCAAACUAGAGGCUAUUUAGUUUGAGCCAUUGCUGCAGUAUUUGGUUCUUGGGUUGUGUAAUUGUGUUUAAGGAUACAUUUAUUAUUUUGUGUUUUUUUACUAAUUUGUGAUGUGGAGUAUUUCGAAA